AAAUUAUUUAACAAAAAAAAGUGUCUUUGUUUGGGAAUCACUGUUGACGAAACCCCGGCCUUAAGAAGAGUUGAGGUUAGAUUCAAGACAUAAACUUUCUUUAAAUCAAAGAAUGGACCUAAACGAGGCCCGCAAGGCCCUCGAAGCCUGCCUGAACGAGGACCAACGCAAGCAAUACUUCGACAUCCUCCGCCAGUGGUUCUCCUUCAAGUCCCCCAUAACCCGCGAAGAGUUCGACACCGAGGUCCGCAAACUCCUCGUCAACGAGGACCAAAUCCGCUGUCACAACUACUUCCUGCUCGCCCUUCUGGCAAAGCGCACCUCCAGUCGCACAAAAACCACCCGAAACACCUGCGACAAAGGCGUCUUCGAGUGCGCCGACUAUGUCGACUACGUCCAGCCCUCGAGCCCCACGAUGCUGCCGCCCGCCGAGUACGAAAACCGCAGCGCGGCGGCCGAACUUUUCAUGCCCGAUUCCGGCUUUGUCUCCACUCGAAUUGCGGUGACCAGCUGGGAAAACGGCCUCGAUGGGGCCGAGGAGAGCGUAACGGAGCUGAUAGUACACGCGUGUCAGGUUUUCGUUAAGAAUAUUCUGACAGCGAUGAUUUCCAGAAUGAAGGGGUAUAAAGUCAGAGACGGCAAGUUUCAGUACGGGUUUAAUUUGCCAAUUCCUGAUCCCUUCAUCAGGAACUUCCACAAUGUGAUCGACGAAACGCAGGAGAGCAAGACUGAGGUUGUGGACAAGGAGGACACGUUCAUUCCGAGGUGUAAGCCGAGCCUGGAAGUGGCCGAGCAACAAGCCGCUUUCGCCUACUCGUGCGCCAGGAAGAAAAAAUGCGAUAACACCUUAACUGUUAGGCUGUUGUACGAGACUCUGAAGGAAAACCCGCAAAUAUUGGGCCUCCACGAGAUGCAAAGUGUUAAUUUAUUUAAAUUAAGUCUACAAGUCGAUGAAUAAAACAUUUUGAGGA